AUCAUGUCGAUGAGCCCAAAGCAUACGACUCCUUUCUCAGUGUCUGACAUCUUGAGUCCCUUGGAGGAAAGCUACAAGAAAGUGGGCAUGGAGGGGAGUAACUUGGGAGCUCCCUUGGCAGCCUACAGGCAGUCUCAGGUUUCUCAGCCGGCCAUGCAGCAGCACCCCAUGGGCCACAACGGGGCAGUGACUGCUGCCUACCAUAUGACAGCGGCGGGGGUCCCCCAGCUCUCCCACACCACGAUGGGGGGCUACUGCAACGGCAACCUAGGCAACAUGAGCGAGCUUCCACCCUACCAGGAGACCAUGCGGAACAGCGCUUCGGCCACGGGAUGGUACGGCACCAACCCGGACCCCCGCUUCUCCACCAUCUCCCGCUUCAUGGGGCCGUCUUCUGGAAUGAACAUGGGCGGCAUGGGGAGCCUGAGCGCCCUGGGGGACGUGAGCAAGAGCAUGGCACCUCUCCAGAGCACUCCGCGCAGGAAGCGGAGGGUCCUUUUCUCUCAGGCCCAAGUCUACGAGCUGGAGAGACGCUUCAAGCAGCAGAAAUACCUCUCCGCUCCGGAGAGGGAACAUUUAGCCAGCAUGAUCCACCUCACCCCCACUCAGGUCAAAAUCUGGUUUCAGAACCACCGCUACAAGAUGAAGCGCCAGGCCAAAGACAAAGCUGCUCAGCAGCAGAUGCAACAGGACAACAGCUCGUGCCAACAGCAGCAGUCUCCUCGGAGAGUGGCGGUGCCAGUGCUUGUUAAGGAUGGCAAGCCAUGCCAAGCAGGCACCAACACCCCCACAGCCGCUAUCCAGAGCCAUCAGCAGCAGCCAGCUACAGCAAUCACGGUGGCUACCAAUGGCAACAGCCUCGGACAGCAUCAGAGCCACCAGACAAACAGUGCAGGGCAGUCUCCAGACAUGGGACAGCACUCGGCCAGCCCUUCAUCCCUGCAGAGCCAGGUCUCCAGUUUGUCUCACCUAAACUCUUCUAGCUCUGACUAUGGCACUGCCAUGUCUUGCUCUACUUUGCUAUACGGUAGGACCUGGUGA